AUGUCCCGUUGGACCCGUCUAUGUCACAGACCGCCCAUACCCUACCGUCCGACCAUACACAGGCUCAGUGCUCGGCGCAGCAGCACCCUCUCUGCCCCUUCACUCGAAAUACCCACCCAACAACGAGGAGAAAAAGAAAAAGAAACAAUCGCCCACCUACCAAAGUGCUCUAUCUAUCGUUGGGGUCAGGCACCUCCCACCCCGCCGUUGUUCAGAGACGUCGACUGGACUUGGAGGGAAGGGGAGGCCUGGGCAGUCGUAGGUACCGCAAGUAGCGGGAAAGGGGAGUUGCUCGAUACACUGCUAGGUCAUCAUCGACCCCUUCCCCCACCAGCUCAAGGCCCAUUCCCAAUCGUCUCCCACCUUCCUACCACAGCGCAGGAACACGCUCUGGCCUAUGUGAGCUUUGCCACUCGACCCAGGGCGCUCGGGGCAGGAUUUUAUGAUUUUUCGGCGAGGUACGGUGCUGUGAGAGAGGAGGAUCGGGUGACGUUGAGGGAGAGCUUGGUCGAGGAGGCGGAGAGGGCUGGCGUUUGGGCGGGAAGGGACUCGGACGGGGAUGAGAGUGGUGCGAGCACUGUCUCCCCUUUCGGUACGAGUGAAGGGGAGACACAGAGUCGGACAGUGGACGAACGCGAGCUGGAGGAGAUAGCACACAAGCUGGAUCUUGCACACCUCCUCGACCUCCCGCUGAUCGCCCUCUCCAACGGGCAGACCCGGCGUGCGAGCGUCCUCCGAAAGCUCCUCACGAAGCCCGAAGUGCUGUUAUUGGAUGAACCGCUCACUGGGCUGGACCCACAACACCGGCUCUCACUCGUUUCGCUGCUCCAUCAACUGCAUACACACUGCGCACCCCGGAUCCUCCUCGCUCUCCGCCCGCAGGACCCGCUCCCUGAGUGGGUGACGCAUGUCGCUGUUGUCGCUGAUGGGCAGGUGAGAACAGGGAGGAAGGAAGAAUUCAGGGAGGAGUUGGCUAGGCAUCAUGUACUCGAGAAAGCGGAGAGGGCGGUGCCGGUCAGUGAGAAGAGUGUGCAGGAAGGUGAAAAGGAGCUGUUGGUAGAUAUGCAGGGCGUGAACGUCGCUUAUCACGAGCGCAAGGUACUCAAGAACAUCCACUGGCAAAUCCGCGCAUCCGAGAUCUGGCACUUGCGCGGGGCGAACGGCAGUGGGAAGACGACGCUGCUCUCCCUUCUGACGGGUGACCACCCACAAUCCUACACACAGCCGCACCUGCACCUCUUUGGCAAGCCGAGGCGACAGCAUGCGACUCCGGCGCUGCAGCAGCGGAUUGGGUUCGUCAGCCCGGAGUUGUAUAACGCCUUUCCGAGGCGGCUGGGCACGGGCGCGCUGAGUGGGAGAGACGCGAUAGGAUCGGGGUUCGAGGCGACGUAUUCUUACCGCCCACGCACAUCGGAGCAGGAUAAGAUCAUCGAUUCCCUCGUGGAGGCGCUUGCUCCAGAGUGGCAAAUCACCGGGAAAGGGAGCGUGCUGGAUCGCCCGUUUGCUGCUCUCAACCCUGGCGAGCAAACGCUGGUACUCCUCAUGCGCGCGCUCGUUAACCGGCCUCCCUUGCUAGUGCUGGACGAAGUGUUUGCCGGAAUGGACGAUGGGAUGGUCCACCGCGCCCGGGAGUUCUUGAGGGAGUAUGUAGGUGAGGGGAAGGGGACGAGUGUGGUUUGGGUCAGUCAUUGGGAGGGGGAGAUGCCUUGGAGCUGGGAGAAGGGCGAGGUGAGGAGGCUGUCACUGUGUAAUGGAGAGGCCGAGGUCUCGUGAUUCAUUGACAUGGGGUGAUGGUGGGGGUCAUCCAU